CACACACGCGGGAAAACCGGCUGUCUGCUCGCAGCACUGUACGUCAUGUCCGGGGCCCGGUGUAUUGUGGGAGACGUAGGAGCGGAGUCACAAACAAAGCUUUUGUUCAAACUUUAUUCAAAUUUAAAUUAAACCAGGAGUCAACAGACCUGAAGAGGGAAAGAGAAGGAGCUGAAGAUAAGUGAAGGAGGUGAAGGAGCAGCAGCUGCACGAUUGGUGUUCAGCCUUUCUCAGAUCCAAACAUCAACAGAGGAAAUACCAGAGGAAGAAGAAACACAAAUACUUCCUCUGUGCUACUGGAGGGGGCGUGGUCUGUUCCUCUCCACUAAUCAGCCUCUCUAAUAGUCAGUCAGAACUGGCCUGAGUGUCUCUGUGGGCAACAGUGAAGUCUAGGAGGACAAAGGAGGAGGACGAAGAGACAGACUGAGGGAAGAUCGACAGGUAAGAACUGAGUCACAGGUAAGUGAUCAGAGAUAGACAAGUGCACAGACAGGUAAACAUACAGGUAAACCAACAGUUACACAGAAAAGCUGUUCUGACCACAGCCUCUCUGACUGGAAGACCACAGUGAUUCUGGAUCAGACCUGGGUCGUAGGACGGGUCUAAGACGUUUGUGUCUGUCCUGGACGUCUCAGAGGACUGUCAUCCUCCAGGUGUGGGACGUCUGUCUUACCUGAGUUACAUGAACAGAGGCUUUACUGCAGAGGAGAUCUACUUCCUGUUUACACCAGCUCGCACAUGCUCAGUGUGUGAUGAUCCUCACCUGCUCAGAACAAACUCCUCUGAGGUGCCGCUGACCUUCUGUCACCUGACUCCUUCGUCCACCUGGCGAGCUCAAGGACUCAAGUGGUGGAUCUGGCACCGCCCCCUGCUGGUGAUGAAGACUCACCUUUGUCCAUCUGCGUCUCAGAAGGUGAGGUCAACUCACAUACCGACCUGGACAGUCUGUUCGGCUUCAGCCCCGGUUCAUCCUCCUCACGCUCUGCACCGAAACACCUGGAGCACACCUGGACCUGUGUCACACCUGGGGGAGACCAGGUGAACCUGCAGGUGGAGGAGAGGAGGAACACCUUCCUGUCUCUGACUCAGAGAGUUCAGGUGAACCGCAGGAUCCUCCAACACCUGCUGACCAACCAGAGGACACACAUGGAUGACAGCCAAUCACAGAGCAGACAGCACAACGGCGCAGUUUCAGUCAAUGAGAAAGGAGAAUGUGAGAAAGCGUCCGAGAUUCUUCUGAGACAUGAAAACAAUCAAAGUCUCUUUGUGUCAGCUCGGUUGCCGCGGCAGCAGCAGUGCGAGGACGGAGCUCGUAUGAAGCGUCGCUGUGUUCCUCUGAGAGGAGACCACAACCUGCUGACCCCCGACACACACACACUGUCGGGGGUCAGGCUGCCUCCUGUCAUCCAGGUGAGGCUGGAGGACGUGGCCUCUCAUUCAGGACAUCUGAGUGACUUGUCCAGCAGCAGAUCGGCCGUGGGGUUGACAAGGCAACGCCCCGUGGCGUCUCCGACUCGUCGUCUGCGAUUCGAGGAUGAGACCGAGACGGAGGCGGAGUCUCGUUACCUGGAGAGACAGCGGCAGAGGAGAUGGGUGGGGCAGCGGGGGACAGGUAUCCUGGUCUCCAAACCAGACCCGAGUCUGUACAUCAGCAGCAGGGUGGAGGUGGGGCUACAAGGGGCGGAGCAUGAUGUUGACAGACAGCAGACAGGACAAACACCAGCAGGGGGGGUGGGGAUGGCUGGGCAGUGUGACUCCUGUGGGACAUUUUUAGGAGGUAGAGUCAACCUGAACCUACCUGAUGGUCGGGGGCGGAGCCUGUACCGCCCCCAAGUCAACCUUAGGACUGAGUCAAUCAGAGAGACCUACAUUGGCUCUGUCACACCUGGUGAGACCAGACCACCCAUUGGAGGGGGCGUGGCUGUGCGUGUCUCCAACAACCAGGUGAAGAGGAGUAUCGAUCAGGUGGAACUUAAUGGAAACCAAGUAACGCCCGUCACAGGUCUACCAAUCAAUCCCUAUGCCCCUGACCAGCUGACCACGCCCACUUUCAGAUGCCCCUCUCCCUCGUCUCCUCCUCUUGUGUCAUCAGCAAUGAUGUCACAGAGUUUCAGUCUCAAUGGCACAAAGGCAGGACAGGCUCUGAACCAGGACCAGGAGGAGAAGGGGGGACCUGCACAAGCCAAGCCCCACAAAAAACUCCAACCCGGGGCCGAGCUGAGGGCGAGGAACCCCUGUGUGGAGGAGGCAGGAGGUGUGGAGCUCAGAAUGAAGAACUCCUCCUCCUCCUCCUCAGAGACGAGCACAGACUCAACAGCUGACAGCCGAGCCCCACCCAUCUCAGAGAGCAGCAGUGAUGGACAGGUUAAAGACCCAAUCAAAGCAGAGCUCCAAAGUGAUAACACUUCACUUCCUGAACACUUCAGCAGCAGAGACGAAUCCUCUCGACUCUCUCUGCGUCGUCUUUUCUCCACCGUCAGACUCAGCAGGACUCGAACCGGCAGUCUCGAUCGACUCAGCAAUAGGCCCCGCCCCUGCGCAUCUGACCCCGUCCCCUCCAGCCUGCUGAAAAAAUGUCCAUCAGUUCAGUCACUGAAUGAGCAGGGGUCGCCCUUCUUGCAGUUGAGGAAAUUGUCGUCAGUGCAGAGUUUUGGGUCAGAACAGAAGAAGAAGAAAGAUCGUUCUGCUGACUACAGACCAGCUGCUGACAGGUUCCUGCAGCGAUGUUUGAGUGUCGAGGACGUUGGUAGUCCAUGUUCUUUACGUUCUGUCGGUCGAGUUCUUGAGGCUGGUUCUGAUGGAACGUUUCUGUUAGAACUGAGUCGACCGACAACCCGAACAUACGGAUUCGUCAUCAGCCGAGGGAGAGGACGACCCGACUCUGGUGUAUAUGUGGAGGACAUGGUGGACAGCAGUACUGAAAAGCUUUACGCAGGUCUGCUCUCGGUUGGAGAUGAGAUCCUUGAGGUGAAUGGGGAGAAAGUGGCCUGUCUCAGUCUGAACCAGGUGACCCAUCUGCUGACCCAGAACAUCUCUGCUACUGUCCGGGUCCUCCGACACCUGAGGACUGUUCCACGGUGACCAUAACUACACCGGACAAUAUCUAGAACUUAAUCCACUGCACCUGGUUUCAUAACCAAACCACACCUGAGACAUUUGGUCAAACCAGAACUUCAGCUCCACAACACUAUUAUCACCCGAUAACCCGUCAUUUUACACAGGAACUCAAAUUCUCCGCCUUCUGUUUUCACACACUUCUGGUCUAUGAGUAGAUCAGAUCUACAGGUAGAUCAGUCCAUCAGAGUUUGUAUUUAUAAAGUUUCUCAGAGCAACAAAUCAAAUCCUAAGUUCAGAUUCAGGUUCAGAGUUUGUCAAGUCUUAAACACAGUGUCCGGAUGAACAUCGACACUGGUUUGUUAGCUGUAAUCACUCCUGAUACUGGUCAUACUGGUUAUUAUGGGACCAGCUGAAAUGCAGGUUAAUCUGCUGACUUCACAUUAAAUUGUUUCUGUGCUGUCGUGGUUAAUAUAUAAAAUAAUGCUAAUUAUUUGCAGUUGCUUUGUCUGAGAUCAACUUCACAGUGUUCAAAGAAACCUCUGCAGUAUUGCUGUCUGUACAGUUUUCAUAUGUUUGUGUAUAUUUUCAGACAAAUUAAAGAAACAAUGAACCAA